AUGUCAGUACCUAUCCUAACUAUCCCUGAAUCAUCAUUUGAUCCAGCAUCUUAUAAUAAUCUUAAUACUGCAAAUAUUACAAAAUCAAAAUCACAAAUUUUACUUUACAUUAUAAAAUUAACUAGAAGAUCAUCAAUUGGAUUAAUAUUAUUCUAUAUAUUGGGAUUAUUUAUUAUUAAACCAUUAAUGGAACUUAAUGUCACUAGAAGAAAAGAUUAUUUGGAUUAUAUAAGAGGUAAAUUACGAGAUUUUUAUCUUAAAUCAAUUACUAAAGUUCAAUAUAUUCCUAUUGUUGCCAUUAAAAAUAAACAAACUGGGAAAUUAUAUUCUGAUGCCAUUAUUCAAACUGAUAAUAAUAAUAAUAAAUUAUCAACAAAUAGUACUGGUGGUGAUGAUAGUGAUGAUAGAUUGGGUCAAAAUCAAUUAUAUAAAAAAUUGACAAAAUUAUCACUUUUAUUAACUGAAGGAAUUCGAAAUUAUUCAACAAUAGAAUUAUCUAAUUAUAAAAGUAUAAAUUAUUCUAUUAAAGAUUUACAAAAUAAAUCUGAUUUAGUUUAUUUUAAUCAAAAUGAUUUAUUUGUAAUGGAUAAUGGUGGUAGUGGUGGUGGUGGUGUUAGUAGUAUUAUGACAACUUCAGGGAAUACAAUGAAAAAGAAAGAUCUUGCUGUUGAAAUUAAAAAUGAAAUUAGAAGUAUUAAAGGAUUAUAUAUGAGUGGACAAGUAUAA